AAUCUCCGGUUUCUUCUUCGAAAACCCUGUAACAGAAGAAGCCAAAAAGUGUUAACCAUGGAGAAGGUUUCAGCAGCUUGCGCCAUGGAAUGGAGCAUCAAGCUCGAGAAAUCUCUUCGUUCUAAAAACCCAGUUAAAGCUGUUGAAGCUAUCUUAGAGACUGGUGGGAAGCUUGAACAGUGGAGCAAAGAACCAGAAUCUGCAAUUGCUGUUUACAAUUUAUUUGGUUUGGUUCCGGAAGAAGAUAAGCUCUUUUCAAAUACUAUAUUGUUGAGGCUAGUUGACGCUUUUUGUGUUGGGGAGAAGCUUGUUAUGCUUGCUGUUGUCCGGGUUUUUAUGUCUAUGUUCAAGCUAAGCCGAGGGAAGAACAAGAGUGAAUCAGCAACUUGGUUUUUGUCAAAGGCUAAGGUGUAUAACCACUUGGAAAUUCUUUUACGAGUGAAGAAUGUUUAUGACAAGGGUGAUACUGAGGCUAAAGCUUUGGCUUUGAUUCUUUUUGGUUGUUGGAGAGAUUUUGCCAAUGAAUUUGCUCCCGUGCGGUACUUGAUUUUCACCAGUAUGGUUUCUUCACAUGAUCUGAAGGUAAGAUCAGCUCUGUUUGCAGCAGCUUGCUUUUGUGAAGUAGCAGAUGACUUUGCAUUGGUUCUUUUGGGGAUGUUAAAUGACAUGGUGAAGUUCCCUGAAAUAAUGCCAAAGACCAGGUUAGCUGCUGUGCGAGUUUUUGCAAAAAUGGGAUGCUCGCAUGCAAUUGCUAAUAGAGCAUUCAAGAUCUGUAUGAAGCUAAUGCUGGACUCCCCAAAAGAGGACAAUUUGAUUCCAUUCCUGGUUUCCUUGACUAAGCUUGCUUCAAGAUCUACUCAUCUUGCUUCGGAACUGACAGAAGUUAUCAUGCCCUUUCUGAGUGAAGAUAAGACUUCUCAUGUGCGAGCUGCGGUAUUGAGAUGUCUCCACUUUCUCAUAGAAAGAGGGAUGUGCUUCUCUCUUGCCCAUGAAAGAGAAAUUGCAAGUGUUUCAAGCUUGCUAAAGCAAGAAGAUCUCUCAUCAGAUAUGCAACUUAAAGCUCUUCAAAUUUUCCAGAAGAUACUUGUCUACAAACUAUGCAUGGCUGAUGCAUCUGAAUUACAUCAGCUCAUAGCUAUUGUUGAGAAUGCAUCUCUUUCUCAGAUCUUUACAAGCAGUUGUUUCGCUAUAAGUAUUUUGGUGGGUAUAUGGAAAGAAAUAGAACGGACUGCAGAAAUAAGAUCAAUCGAGGUUUCUUCAACAUCUCUGCCUCUGCAGCUCGUUGUAUUAAUCAUGGACAGGGUCACCUUACUGGGGCGGUUAUGUUCUGAUCCUUUUCAAGCUGACUAUGCAGUAGUUAGUGAGGUUCAAGACCUCUUGAAGGUUCUCCACCUAUUAGUAGGAAAAUAUUCUGAACUGAGGCUGCUAGUUCUUGAAAAAGUCAGAUUAUUCCUAGAGUUUAUUGUGAAGGGCUUAAGAAAACCAGAUGGAGCUCAUGAAUUGCUGUUUGGUGUUAUCAAUUAUAAAGGCAAAAGAGGGGCGGUGAUGAGGUCAGAGUUUCUAGCAUUAAUACACAAGUUCCUGAUAGUGUUCUUGGAGAAUCUUGAGGGCAAUGAUAAUCUUUUGUCUGAAAUUUACGAAAAGGUGAAAAAUAUCACUGAGUUUGUACGUUCAUGCAGCGUCAUUGAUUUCCACACACAAAUGAUAUUUACACUGCUAUUACAUUCGCCGAUUCUUUGGGGAUUCUCUGUGAAUGAUGAUGCAGGAAAUUCAGGCGUCUCACUUGUUGCUGAUAUAGUUAACUAUGGAAUCAGAUCUCUUGACUGUUCAAAUCAGAUUUUAACGGAGAGAAACUAUUGGCCUGCUUACAGAGCUGGAGUUUUCGCAGCACGUUUGGGUGCUUGGGUCACGUCUGCUAUGAUUUUUGACCAGCUGAAAACCAACGUCCAGUCUGAUAUUAACUGUUGCUGGUUAAAGUCAUUAACCUAUUUAUCCCAUGCUGAGGGAAAAUUCCAACUGCUUCUCACUCCAAGUGAUAGUGUCGAGUUAGUCAAUUGGCUGAAAAGUAACAAUUAUCUACCAGAACUCUCCAAAGAUGCAUCUGGAGAGUUUGCACACUGUGUAGCUCUUCAUGAAGCUUAUAUGAAUUUACAAUCGUCUCUGGGAAUGUUGGGAAAUAUUAUAGCAUCAAGGGAAGUGUUUUGUUUCCAAACGUGGCUCUUGGUACUAAAGACUCGGUUACUUGAAACCGUGCUUGAACUCGUCGAAUGCCUCGGGCUGCUUAAUCAAGAUAUCCACAACAAGAAGCAGGUGGAGGAAAAGAUCUCGACUGGUUGCAAUUCCCUGCAACAGCUUCCUCGGAUUUCUAUUCAGCUACAAAAGUUGGCAAAGGAAUUUGAUAUGUUGGCGACAUGUUUUAUAGACAUAGACGAUAGCAGUUCUAGCAUUAUCAUGACAUUUUCACUGAGCUGUUCAGUUCUGGCUUUUUCUGCUGGAAUCGUUCUUUUCCUACCAAGUUUUUCUUUUCAUGAAGCGUUUGUUCCUUUCACUUCACAAAGUGGUCUGUGCUCGAGGCUAGUACAAGAUUUAGUUCGGCGGCUGUGGAAAGUGGACCCUGAAAUCUGCAAAAAGCUCAACAUAUUCGUUAAGACAAACGAUUCUUUAAACUGUCUCCAUUUGCAACCUAGGAAUCAGGUAUUGAGAGUCUGUGGCAAAGUGAAGAUGUUGCUCUCUAUUUGCAGAGACGCUCUUUCAUGCAUUUAUGGAUUGCAGAAUCAGUCAAUAUCAAUGCACAAAGAGGAGAUUAUGUCUGAGAUUACUAAAAGUUGCAGGAAUCUACUGUCACAAGCAAUUAUGAAAUGGAUGCAUAUUCCUAUUGGCAUUCCAAAGUAUUUCUUCAACAUAAGGCCUUGUGUUGGUGCCGAGCUAUUUGCUCUUAGUUCAGAGAGUAGCAAACGUACUCCUGAUACAGUUUCGGUGGAACAAGGCUUUCAACUGUCACUAGAUCUUUGUCUUCAGUUGAAAAACGUACAACAACAGCAAGUCCCUGUUCGACUUAACAAACUGUAUUGCCUUCUCUAUACUAAACUAGCUUAUCACACUCCAACUCAACACGGUGAAACCAACCGAAACCAAAAGUCUUAUUCCCCAUGGAGAGAUGAAGAUCUGGUAGAAAUGAGUAACAAGCUAUUCCAUCAUGCUAUAAAGUCUGGUAAGAAGCCGGAAGUUUCAGGUCGAUUAGAAUGGACCAAGAGUGGUGUUUCUACGGUUGUGGAGUUCGAACCAAACGAGAGAGGACAAGGUUUUUCGAGCUGCUUGCUAGACGUUUCUCGUUUCCCAGUUGGUUCAUAUCAAAUAAAAUGGCUAAGCUGCUGCAUUGACCAACAUGGUUCUUACUGGACUCUUCUACCUCUCAAUGGCAAACCUUUGUUUACCAUUAAGAAAGCUUCAUGACUAGAAUAAGUGUUAGUUUUGAUA